CGCGCGAGCGAGCGAGCGAGACGAAAUAUGCAUUGACGUCAAAAGCUAGCCGGACACGCGCGCGCGCACAACAAGUUCCGUCCUGCAACUCGAUGAGCGGGCGCGCGGUCGCGGAGCUCGAGGACACGGAGAGAGCGGUACGAAGUGAGGCGGGCGGUCAUGAGAAAAGUAUGGACCGGGAACAUGGGAGUGUUGUGAAAGACAGCAAGAAGCUGCCGACUCACACAGCAGAAUUCAGCGGGGACACCGAGCGUGGAGCCGCGGAGUGACCGAAAGAGCCGCUCGCUACUCGGGAUAUUUAAACGACAAUGGCAACUCUUCAGCAGUGAGGAACUUCGCUGCCUUGCACCUCCCCUCCCUUUUUUCAGUCCUUGACACCUUCACGCAACCAAUUUCCACGUGCUCCCUUCUGAAGCCCCUCUCAGUUUCAAACAUGGACUCCUCUGGAGGUAUAACUGCUUCCCAGGAUGCACAUCUGGACCUGCGGAGCAGCCCCGGUCGCUCUGAUCUCAGCGGAUUGUACCAUCUGGGUCGGACGUUGGGCAGGGGUCACUUUGCUGUCGUUAAACUGGGCCGUAAUGUCAACACGGGGCAACUGGUGGCUGUCAAGAUGAUAGACAAGACAAAACUCGAUGUAAUGGCAACGAGCCACCUCUUACAGGAAGUGAGAUGCAUGAGGCGGGUGCAGCAUCCCAACGUGGUUCGCCUUUACGAGGUCAUCGACACACCCACCACUCUCUACCUGGUGAUGGAACUGGCCGAGGGCGGCGACCUCUACGACUACAUCCUCCGCCACGAGGGAGGCGUUGCCGAGGUCACCGCCAAGCGUCAUUUCGCCCAGAUUGUGCGUGCUGUGUCCUACUGCCACCAGCUGCACGUAGUGCACCGGGACCUGAAGCCUGAGAACGUGGUUUUCUUCCCUCAGCAAGGCGCCGUCAAGCUCACUGACUUUGGGUUCAGCAACUUAUUCCAGCCCGGGAUGAUGCUGGCCACCAGCUGUGGGUCGCUGGCAUAUUCUGCUCCUGAGAUUCUGCUGGGAGAAGAGUACGAUGCUCCGGCUGUGGAUAUCUGGUCUCUGGGGGUGAUCCUCUACAUGCUGGUGUGUGGAGUCCCUCCCUUCCAGGAAACCAACGACAGCGAGACUCUGGUCAUGAUUUUGGACUGUCGUUACUCCAUUCCUGAACAUGUGUCUGACGAGUGCAGAGAUCUGAUCUCCAGGAUGCUGCAGAAGGAUCCAUCUCGCCGCUCCUCACUUGAUGAGAUUGAAGCUCACCACUGGCUCCAGGGGUUGGAUAACGCCCUCCUCAGUCCGGAGGCUCCACCGCACUGGCUCUCAGGGGCCCUUUCUCCCAGCUCUCCCCACUCAGGUGUGCCUGAGUGCGGGGAUCUACUCGCUGCAAGGCCAUCGUCUGAAAAGCCCUUCCCUGCUCCGUGGCAGCCCAGCCUCAGCUUCACCCUGCGUCCACCUCCAGCUGAAGAGCCUCCCAUCACCAAGAACCUUCCUGCGCUUCAGCAGAUCUGUGAGGAGGAGGAAGAGGAGGAGGAGGAAGAAGAAGAAGAAGAGGAGGAAGAGGAGGAAGAGAACAAAAGUAUGAUAAAAGAAGGGGAAGGCUUUGCCUCUUUACUAGAGGGAGAGCCAGAAAGAGAAACUAAAAAGACACAGGAUGGAGCAGACAAUCAAGACAGCAGUGAAGAGGAAGAGUUAAGAAGCUCAGUAGAGGUGAUGAAGGAGGGGGACAAAGCAGAGGUGGAGACAGAAAUCAAAACUGAAGACAGUGGGUGUGUGAUUUCAGAUCAGCCAGUCAGUCAUGGAGAUAGGCUGGUCAGUCAGACUCCUGAAGUCUCGCCAUUCUCCCAGCUGGCUUUGGGUGUGCCGUGCUGUCAGGGCCAGCAUGACAUCACAGCCCGAGAGGAAGGAAAGGACGAGGAGGUGGAACCCAACAACAACACCAACAAACCCCGUCCUCCUCUCCCUAAACCUGACCCCCGUCACUCCCCGGUGUCUUCCGCCAGGCGGAACAAGAUGGAGCUGCAACGAGGAGGACGAGAAGGCGAGAGGGGAGGAGAAAGCGGUAGAGAUGACCUCUUAACAGACAGGUGUCAGCCCCACAGCGCAGCGGCGACCCGGGAGGAGUCUGCCCCGAGGGUGGAGCAGGGAAAACGGCACAGCGUGAAGCUUCGUGAGCGUCUCUUUCAGUUUCCUCUGUGUGAGAAAGCUCUGGCCUUCAACAUACCGACACACAACAAGCCCAAGAUCCUGCCGCUGGCUCAGUACAACUGCUGCCACGUGCUCUAAGUGAAACCGGCCCCGGUGAUAUUUGUUGUGCUGCUUCCACAUUUGGGAGACAAGGGCUGUUUAGCGGUCGGCGGGUCACCGGCUACUGGGAACAAAUCGCGUGAAGCGGCAGAUCGCUGAGCUCACUGCUGAGGCUUUCUGUCGCUGAGUGUACAUGAUUGAACGUGUACAGCUUCAUACGUGCAAACACUCCGCUCUAGCACUUUGCUCGUCUGGUAAACACCCAGAGAGCUGGUGUUGAGCGCAGUAGUCGAACUUAGUAGAACCUCAUCCCUUUGCUGCUGUGUACAGGAGCCACCACAGAACUAAACGAGACUGUUUCCAAUGUGUAGCUUAGAAACUUUACUGGACCUAACUGUAUAUGAACUUGGGAGACCGAAGAAAGAAGGUGACGGAGAGAGAAAGAGAGAGAGAUCUGAUAACCACAAGCAGUUUUUAUUGAAUAAGCUAAAGUCCAUUUUAUUUGUUUGAUGGUGCCUAACAGGAUAAAAUGGAUUCAUACUUCACAUCACAGCGGUGUCAUUUUAGUCUCGACUGCAAAAGCUCUGAAAGUCAUUAAUUGAUUAUCUUCUACAGAUUCCUUAUUUUAUUACAUAUGUAUAAGAUGGACUAGAGCUGCAAGUGUUAUUUUUAUUAUUGAUCAGUCAGCCAAAUAUUAUGAUGGAUUUGUUUAUUUUAUCAGAAAACUGUGAGAAAGGGUGUUUGACCAGUGGACCAAAACCUGAAUUCACUUUAAAUUGAGACUAAAAAAAGGUUUUAAAAAAAUAGACACAUUUGACAUCAUGAGAACAUCGAGUGUUGGAUUUUUUUGUUGGAGAAAAACAGAUAAUUAUUAAAAUAGCUGCAGAUACUUUCUUUUUUUGGGAUGCACAGAUGUAUUGUGUGACCGUCUACGCGCUUUAUUUGGAAUCUGAUUCUGCUGCAGAGUAGCACUUCUUUCCUUUUGCACAUUCUGCCUGUGUUUGAAAGCUCUUAUUAUAAGCUGUUGUAAAGAAAGACUGAGACUGUUAGGAUACGAUAUGCUCAGAUAUGAUACUGUAUAAAAACACCCUGGGACAGAGAUGAUAGGAUUUCCUGUCCUCUUAAUCCUUGUUUCAUACAUAUAUAAAUAUAUAUUAAUAGAAUGGCUUGUCCUAACUUACCAUAUAAAAGUGUUUCUAGACUCACUGGUCACUGAUUGGGAUGCAGGUCUUCCAUUUUUCUUUUUAAUUCUGCUAAACAUGGUAACAUUUUUUUAAUUAUUAUUAUUAUUUUGGAUGAGCAGAUAUGAUGUUCCUUGAUUAUUUUUUUUUAUAACGUGACAAAGAUAUGAAUUCUCUAAAGAGAUAUGUGACUUUGCGCAUGUUAAUACUGUCAUUUAUCACAAUAUACCUCCACGUGUCUUGGACCUGACGGGACAGUCGUUGUUUCUAUGUUCUCGUGUGACUGUAAUUACCUUGAGGUAACCCACUGAAUAAUGAAUUGCACACAGUACGACUACUGUAGCUGGCAGCUUUUAACAAGCAGUGUCCGGGGACUGGAUGGCUAGAUUUGUUGGUCAUUCGGCCCCAACCACAAUGGCUUGUUAUUGUGUAGCCGAGGAGUCUCUCCAUGUGGGAUUAUUUUGACAUAUAAUGGCUCUGUGUGUUCUGUAUUUUUUCCUCUUCGACGCAGAUACAAAGGUGUAAUGUUUUGUAGGGUAACAGAAGGUCAAAGCUGUACAAUAAGCUACAUCUUGCUCCUAUAGUUCAGUAACCAGAGCUUGCUGUUGCAGUCACUGCAGCUUCAUGAGCUCAACAAAUUGGAUUUUUCAUCAGGACCCGCCAUCGUCGGUUCCCCGCCUACAUAAAGAGCGGCCGUCACGUGAAAUCUGAGUAUCGCUCAUGUUUCAUCAGCCGGGAAGCAUAAAAUCUGUGAAGUAGAGGGAUAAAAUUAUUUGCUUCUGUGUGAUUGCAGCCUGUCUUUCCUCAGUGCAUCUCUGUCUACUGACCUGCAUUAUAACUAGGACCACAUCUCUAUGGAGCCAUGAACUUAUUUUUCUGUAUUUAUUUAUUAAAAUGGAAUAAGUCAGCAGGA